AUGAGGUAUGGUUGGAAUAUUGAUCCAGUGACUGGAGUUUGUGAAUAUGACAUUACCAUCCUUCAUGAAGACGAAGAGGGAAAGCUGUUUGUGUGUGGAACUGAUGGCAUUUGUCCACCCAGAGAGACAUUAUGCUCCUGUGAAACAUCACCAGCUGAAGGAAUUGCCCCUUUCUCUCUGAAUGAGAGAGCACCAUCACUGUACAUUGAGAGGGAGCUGUACUCCACUGCAAAUCUUUAUGCCCAUGGUGAUGGGGUAGGCAUCCGUAGGCACUAUAGUGCAAGAGGCCCAAUUUGGUCAGAUGCCAACAAGACAGAGCAGAUAUAUGUGGGCAUGACAUUGAGUGGACCCAGGGCUGACCGGUUGCAGGACAGAAUCUACACCUUCUUGGUGGAGAGGAAUUUGGAUCAGUAUCCAGACGCUGACCUUUGGGUGUCCCGGGUCACCCAGGUUUGCAAGGUGGACCGCGGUGGACCCAAAGCGAUUCUGCAGAAUCAGUGGACCUCGCUGCUGAGUGCCCAGCUGUCCUGUGGAUUCCCUGAAAGAAAACUUGGCUUUAAACAUCUGUUGGAUGUGUCCAUCUUGCAGGCAGACAGCUGGAGAGACAGCAGAGUGUAUGCACUCUUCACCAAUGGCUGGGGCAUGAGUGCAGUGUGUAUCUACACCAUGGGUGACAUUGAUGACGUCUUCACCAAGUCCAGCAUCAAAGGAAAUACAAAGCCUGUUCGUAACUCACACCCUAUAAAGUGUGUUGAAGACAGCAGGAAGCUGCCACCGGAAGUGCUGAGGCAGAGGAAGGACUACCAGGAGACCAAGGAUUGGGUCAGACCAGUGAAUGGCAGUGACCCCUUCAUGGUCAGUCACCACCACUACAGACACAUCCGAGCUGACAGAGUGAGCGGCAAGGGCCUCAGACAACACACUGUCCUGCUGUUAUCUCUGGAAAGUGGUGCAGUACACAAGGUGAUGGAACAGAAUGGCCAGGCUUUCAUCAUUGCUGAGCUGCAUCCAUUCAGCCACAGGACCCACAUCCAGAACAUGCUGCUGCAGCCAUCCACGAAGAGGCUGUAUGUGAGCACCAACAGUGAGGUGGUGGAGCUGGACCUGCAAAGCUGCCAGGGAUACGGCCAACAGUGUGAGGACUGUGUCCUGGCCAGAGACCCCUACUGUGGCUGGGACGGGAGCCAAUGCACUGCAGCCUCCGGGCAUACAAUUCAAGAUGUGGAACACGGGAAUUAUCUGGCGUGUCAAGAAGCAGGUAAAACUGCCAAAAUUGUGGUAUCCCAUGAGGUCCACAGAGUGCCAUUGUCAGCCAGAUUCUUCCUGCAGUGCCCCAUGCUGUCCAGCCACGCCCAGUACAGGUGGCACCAUCAAGAACACCAGAGGGAAUGCCUCCCUGCCGAGGGCCAAUGCCUGCUGCUUAUAGAGGAAAUGUCACCAGAACUGGAAGGCAAUUACAGCUGUGUGGCCUCAGAGAGGGGCUAUGUGUGGACAUUAAUCCAAUAUGAGCUGCAGACAGAGAUGGACACUGGGCAGCUAGGUCCUUCAUCCCAGUAUGAGCUGAAGACAGAGAGUAAGAGUGGACAGCUGGCCUCAUUUUCCAUAGCCCUACUUUUUCUAGUACUCUUAACCCUGAUCAACUAGUCAGUGAGUAGCUAUAUUGUACUCUAGCAUACUAUCCCCAAAUAAUACACUAGCACUAGGACAGGAAAGCACUUUGGAAAACCAGCUUCCUGGUGGAAGUGGUGGUGUCUCUGGGCUGAGGAUAAAGAAAGUGCAUCUAGCUGAGCUCCUUGCUUACUAUGGAGAGAAGCUUGAA